UCGGUCAGCAGAAGAGGAAUAAGUUAACGAAUCUAAUUUGACUACUCUCAGGAAAACACAGCCAUCAACUGAGCACAUCAACCUACCUAGAUGAUUCUCAAUUCUCCACCAAGAUCGUGGAGGCUGCAACUACGGUACGCCGGUGAGUCCCAGAGUCGACGUGGAGUGCGGCAAUCUGUGCUCCUCGACCACGGACUUCCAGUGCUCGACACUCCUCGACUACAAAUGUCUCGUCGCCCGAAAAAAAUGGCGAAAUCGAUCGAAUUUGCUCGUUCAAAAUUGGCAAAACUAAUCGGACAUGUUCCAGCAAAAUUGGGGCGUACACGUAACUGGACAUUAUUCGGUUCCGUUUGCCAUGCCUCAGACUGCAGUGAAAAAAAUGAGAAGCGACGGUACGCAAGGCACCCGAUCCUCCUCUCGAGCUAAAUUCCGACUACGUCUGCGAAUGAAACGAGUGACAGUGGCAGAGAAGCGCAGUGCAGUGCCGUGCCGUUUGAGGUUCGAGGUUAUGGCACGGACCACAAGGUGGGAACAGUUGUGAGAAGUCAGUUACACCAUCUCUGAAAU